AUGGUGAGGUUCCAUCUUCCAUGGGAUUUGGUAGAGGAGAUACUCUCUAGAGUUCCAGCUACAUAUCUUAGAGAGUUACAAUAUACUUGCAAACGUUGGUACGCUUUAUUCAAAGAUCAUGAAUUCAUCAAGAAGCAAUUAGCUAAAGCAGCAAAGUCGCCAAGUAUGAUUCUCUUGUUCAGUAGUUCUAAAGUUUCAUCGCUGAGUAUCAAUAACAAUGUUGCUGUUGGUGAUGCGUCUAUAGAGUUUACUGCUAAACUUAACUUAGAGAAGUCAAAAGAAGUCAAGAUAACUCAAGUAGUUCAGUGCAACGGCCUAUUGUUAUGUUCAACUAAAGAGUUCAGCAAGAGUGAACUCGUGGUUUUGAAUCCAUGUACUAGUGAAACCAGAUGGAUCAAACCAAGAAGUGUUUACAAGGUGUCUGAUAAGUAUGCUUUAGGUUACGAAAACAAGGAUAAAAACUCAUACGAAAGCUACAAAAUCUUGAGGUUUCCAUCUGAUUAUCAAAACCUUUUGGAAAUCUUUGAGCUGAAGUCUAACUCAUGGAGAGUUCUUGCUAACAUACCUCUCAUAGUGAAACAAUGCAUUAUCGGAAGAGGCGUGUCUUUGAAGGGAAAUACCUAUUGGCUUUCUAGUUUUGAGGAGGAUGAUGGCUUCUUUAUACUGAGUUUUGAUUUCACAACAGAGAAAUUUAGAUGUAUUUGUGGAGAUAUGGGUGAGUAA